UGUAGCCAGCUGUUUGAUGCUCUGCGGUUCAACAUGCAGUCUGUAAUUUUUGUUUUUAUGCUUGUGACUCCUGCUGUUUCAGCAAGGCAUUUUUUAAGUGAGAGGCCAAGCUGUUACCUGCCGGUGCCCAGGAAGCCUGACUUUGGGGUGAAAACCACAGCUCGUCCUCAUGAACUCCUGAAUCUCGCUCAGCUGCCCAAGUCCUGGGACUGGAGGAACGUAAACGGCAUCAACUAUGCCAGCACAACUCGUAACCAGCACAUCCCUCAGUACUGCGGCUCCUGCUGGGCUCAUGGCAGUACAAGUGCAAUGGCAGAUCGUAUCAACAUCAAGCGGAAAGGAGUGUGGCCAUCUGCUUAUCUGUCCGUCCAGCACGUGGUCGACUGUGCUGAUUCCGGCACCUGUCAUGGAGGGGACCAUGGAGGGGUGUGGGAGUACGCCAACAAACACGGCAUCCCGGACGAGACAUGCAAUAACUACCAGGCAAUUGAUCAGAAAUGCAAGCCUUUCAAUGCAUGUGGGACUUGCACAACUUUUGGGGAGUGCAACGUUGUGCAGAACUACACUUUGUGGAGAGUGGGUGACUUUGGAGCCGUUAGUGGACGGGAUAAUAUGAUGGCAGAAAUCUAUGCGGGAGGACCAAUCAGCUGUGGAAUCAUGGCCACAGAGAAACUCGACGCGUACACCGGGGGAUUGUACUCAGAAUAUGUCGAGUCUCCGACCAUCAACCACAUUGUGUCAGUGGCAGGCUGGGGAGUAGAAAAUGGCACUGAAUACUGGAUUGUGCGUAAUUCCUGGGGAGAGCCAUGGGGUGAGAAGGGCUGGCUCAAGAUUGUUACAAGUGCCUACAAAGGUGGAAGCAAGUAUAAUCUCGCUUUGGAGGAAGACUGCAUGUAUGGAGAUAUGAUUGUACCCUAAUAGCCAUGAGUCAUUUACAUGAGACUGUACCUGUAAAUUUGGACUCAUUGGUACCAUUAUUGUAACAUCAGAUCUUUGACGGAGUCAUGUCUUUGUGAAUUGAGACUGUCAAACAUUCUUCAUUUCCAGUAAUGAUGUGUUCAAAUUUGAACCGAUGGUUAACUGGUACGAUCAUGGUCGGUGGUACUCAAGCCAAUGAAAUAAACUUGUUUGCAAGAUUCA